AUGUCACAGCUCAUCACUGCGCUCGGGUUCACGAACGGCGGCGAUCGCAUCCUCGCCGCCACCAACUCCAACCACAUUGCAACGGGGAGCGUCAGCGCCAUCUUGGACGGCCUGGACAAGGCAGACAACACCAGUGAUGACGACAAGAAGGCAACGUUGACCAUGCACGAGUGUGCGGCCGGAUAUGGACGGGUGUUUGCCAUUGAUGCGAUGCCAGGCAACGACGACAAGGCACUGCUGUGCCACCGGCGCAAGCUUGCAGUGGUCCAAUUUGGUGACAGCACCUGUGACACAUACAAGGUGCGCCACAGCAGUGUGAUCCACGGCAUCCCCACGCUGCGCCUUGGCAGAGAUAUGGCCAGAGUGAAGAUGACAACUCUGUAA